CUAUUAACAUUUGCAGUUUAUGAGCAACAAGGAACAUAACACGAUUCGUGACGUAUUCUCCUGCUGUAGUAAAACUCAACAUCGUAUCCAAGCWAAGAUGGAAAUACAAUUGCAAUAAUCGAUGAGUCAAUUGCAGUAAGUGAGGAUCGGAAAAAAAUUAACGAUCAGACCCRCAAUUACAAAGUUGAUUGAGUAAAAGUUGGGAAKAAUAAUUGAAAAAUGAUAGUGAUUCCAUAUUCAACGUCGUAAGAACUCUCAUGGUUCUCUUCUUCAAAAGGCAUAUUAUUAUGACCGAUUGGAUCCCACCAGRUCAACGCAUCGCAUGUUAAUACUAAAUGUCUAAGGUUAUUUGUAUCGUKAACAAUAAAUCAUAAAAAGAGAAAGGAGAUAUCAUUCUUCUCUUUAAGUCCCUGUCUCAUCUUUCUUGUMAUACCUGUGUCACGUUGGUACGGUUACUGCAAUCGAUCAAGUUUUUCUUUUCAUUGUUUUCUUCGAGUAGAACGAAAAAUCUGCCCGCUUUCCACUAAUUGCCGUCCAUCAUUACCAAACAGAAUCUUUGUCUCCGAAUGGUCUAAUUGUCAUUGAGCAAAGGUCCAUGGAACAUCACCUUCAUUUAGCAAACACUUUGAAUGACGCAAAGAAUUGGCAGACUAUGGUUCCGACAAAUGAAUCGAAUUCGAUAAGACAAGCAAAACCGGACGGGAACUGCAGUAUCGCAAACAGAGCCCAUGUAAGUCAUAUAUGAUUUUGUAAACUUGUCGCGAUGCUGUUGCCUGAAAUGUCGAUUUCCAAUUGAUAAGUAAAUCCAUGCUUGAUAUUACAGACCAUCAAUGGUCGAAGAUUAGGUCCAUUCUUGAAACAAUGACGUGAUCAUCGCUACACAGACAGCUCUGCGUGGACUAAACCCUACUCUACACGUUUUAUAUUCUAACACUAGCAAAUGGCGGAGGAACUGAACAAUAGUGCUGCAUCAUGCCUCGAGAUUGGACUCUAUAAAAGAGCUAUCGCGUCUCUGACAAGAGCUCUUGACAUUUCAAAACGUCUAGAUCAAUCGGUGAUGAGAACGUUCAGCGAAUGCAGAGACUGUACUCUGGACGCAUGCGUUUCUCGAUCUCAAUCCCAACUACCGUUGGUAAUUCAGUCCCAACUCACAACUCAAAGGGKCGAUGAUCUUAUAAAUAGAUGCAAUAUCUCUGGAAAACCUAUUCGAGUCAGUGGGCAUGGGCAUGCGACAGUGUCAACGCUAAUCGCUAUCAUUAUGUACAACCUUGCACUCGCGAGCCACYAUAUGGCCGUGAAAAUCGCCAACAACUUAGCCAAGGAAGAAACAAAAAUAAUUGAUUUCGCUCUCUCUACGUAUCGAUUCGUCUACGAGAAUCUUCUUAUCAGGGAGGACGGAACUACAUCGGCGCCCACAGAAUCGUCACCUCUUCGAAGCAUUCGCUUCGAAAUCAUAAUACUCAACAACAUUUGUCAAAUGUACCAAUUUAAUCACUUGAGAAGGAACGACAAUAAUUUUGCGUAUGAGCACUACCGCAGGCGACUGCUUUCCACCAUGAUGGUAGUCGUCGACCACAAUUUAAUGGCUACUACCUCCACCGACAAUACGGGGCUACCACAGCGCAUACAGCUAGACGAUUCUCUACGGAAUACCAUCCUCGAGAUGUUUGAAUCACGAUCUACUGCACCAACGGCCUGAGCAAUGGGAAGUACAUAGCAGCAACCGUGUGGACAUGCUGCUACUAUAUGAACCGGUUUCCAAUUAUGUAAAACGUGGGGGGACGGUUGGAGUAUAGAGUCGGUGAUCCGAGAGUGAAAGUAUGAAGCAAACRAAACAAAAGAACGAAGCAGCACUUCGUUUUGUGUCUUCUCRKCGUCGAAUCUUGAGCGCUCUUCCAACAGGGGAAAUGUAAAAUUGAAUCUAUAUCUAAACACUGAUAGUAUAAAAGUUGCACAAAUAA